UCGGCGCGAGAACGCCAUUUCUUUCACACGGGGUUCUUCUUGGUUUUGGCAAAAGCCUCCUCGCGUACUCGGUGUUAUUAUUAUCCAAUUAUUUCCUUCGUUUUUACCGCUUAUCAAUUAGAAAUUUAGUAGUCAUGACGGUCGAGGAAGAAGUUGUGAAAAUUCAAAAGAAACUCAAUAAAAUGUCAGCCGCAGAAGAUGGAUCUGGCCAGGAACAAGCUUUGGAUCUUCUUCGAGCUCUACAAGAACUGCCUGUUACACUUGAAAUCUUGACUAAGACGAGAAUCGGUAUGACUGUAAAUGCUCUACGAAAAUCAAGUAACGACGAAGAGGUAAUGAGUCUCUCCAAGGUGCUCAUAAAGAAUUGGAAGAAAUUCUUAUCAGGUCCCAACAAUUCCGCCAGCAAAGAUAACACUCCUAGCAGUUCAGCCAAGAAAGCAAAGGAAAAAGAUGAAAAACCUAAAGAUGUUGAAAUGAAAGAAGAAAAGAAGGAAAAUAAAGACAAAGGAAAGGCUUCAGUAGUUUCAUUUGGUUCAUCAAAUAGUACUCAUGAUGCUGUCCGUUUGAAGUGCAGAGAGCUUCUUUGCAAUGCCUUGAAAGUAGAAGGCAAUGAUAUAGAUUCUUGUGCACCCAUCGAGGACCUUUCUGAAGAAUUAGAAGAAGCAAUUUUCCAAGAAUUCAAAAACACGGAUAAUCGAUACAAAAACAGAGUUCGUAGUAGAGUUGCUAACCUGAAAGAUGCCAAAAAUCCUCAGCUGAGGAACAACUUUUUAUGCGGUGCAAUUUCUGCUACCAGAUUAGCUACCAUGACUGCAGAAGAAAUGGCUAGUGAUGAAAUGAAACAGUUAAGAAAUAAAUUCAUUAAAGAAUCAAUUGACGAUGCCCAGCUAGCUACCGUGCAAGGCACUAAAACUGAUCUCCUUAAAUGUGGUAAAUGUAAGAAGCGCAACUGUACUUACAACCAGGUACAAACAAGGAGUGCUGAUGAACCUAUGACUACUUUUGUUUUGUGUAAUGAGUGCGGUAAUAGAUGGAAGUUCUGUUAAUUUUUCUCCUAGGGUAUUAUGCGUCAUUCAUUGUUGUAAGUAUCCUGUUUCAUUCAUUCAGUAACGAAUCAUUAAGGUUUCCUACCAUUCGGAAUUCAGAAAAUUCUCAAUAUUUCCAAAGAGAUAUUUCCGAAGCCAAGGAUUCUAGAGCACUUGUUUUCCAAAGUUUUUUGUGUAGAGAAUUUCCUUUUAUCUUCUACGUUCCCAGUAUGAAGUUCAGGUUUUCCCCUCUCCGUUUUGUAUUUGGCACAUGUGUCAUGUUGAGGAAGUGACAGUUAAAUAUUUUUGAAACAGUAUGUGACGUAUUCAAGUAAUUUUUUGUGAUAAUCCAUCGGCUGUAAGCAUCUGACUCACUCUAAAGAUAUGACACCUGUCAGCUGUUUGAGAUUGAUUUCUCAUAGUACGUCAAAUGUUUUUCCCCUGCCUCAAUUGGAACAUCAAGAUCGAACGAAAUGCAAAUCAUAACUUUGAUCUGACAGUUCGCAUGAUAAGAGAUUUAGUUUUCAUUGUAAAAAGUAAGGCUUUAUGUGUUUCAUUUCUUCACUAUAAUUCAUUGGUAUGAUUUAUUUUCUUUCUGUUUCUCUCUUUGUCAUUAUAAACCUACGGUUUUUCCAAAUCCAAUUUUAACAAGUGUUUCUUCUGUAAUAACUUACUUUUAACUUCAUUCAUUUGCUCUGUGUAAGGUCACCUAGAACAUAAUUGAAUACCUGUGUAACAAAAUCUGUAUGCCCCUCAAAUAUUUAAGCAUUGAAUUGUAAUAUUUAAAAGUUAAUGAAUUUGAAAGUCAAAUAACUUGAAAUGUGUAAUCUGAAGACUGAAACUUUAUUCAACCCCCUGUUUUGUUGCCAAGUCAAAAAAUUAUUUUCCCCUCAUCUCUUGAUGGGUCUUAUCUGCUUUUUAUGAAUCAAUUAUUAUGAUAAAGUAUAUUUCUUCGGUAAAGUAAGUUCAGUCACAGUUCUCAUUGUGCAGAAAUAAAUGACCAGGUUUUAUUUUAAUCUGGAUAGCUAAAUUAAGUGCGCACGUUUUGAUUGGGUCCACUGCUUUGGAAUCCUAACAGAAUUGACUGUGAUAUUAAGAUUUCAUGCCAUUCUCCUAAGUGUCUAAUUUCCCUCACUGUGGUUGUUGUCUGUUGGGAAAUUUCAUAAAUGAGAUCCUUGCUCCGGAAGGAUUCGUCCAAUCACUAUUCGUCCUGCCAAGUGAUGUGACUCAGUCUCAGAAUUUAAAGCACAGUAUGAAACUCUAAUGAAUAGGAUGCUUUGCAAUUUCUUACUCGUUGUUUGUUUGCUUUAUGCAAGUUAAAACUCUUUUGUAGAACUCUCAUUUGAGAAAUGUUAGACUUGGAGGAAAUUUUAAUAUGUUAUGUUCUUUUAAAAUGUCAUUCGGCGUCAAUUUAUUGUCUCAAAAGAAGUAUCUGCUUCAUAUUAACCCUUUGUGGUCACAAUUAAUUGUUUGCCCAAUAGCAAAAAUAUGCUUACAAUCAUGCCAACAUAACUAUGUAGUAUUCCUUCUUUAGUGACCUUCAGGGCCGUAGUACUUGUCAAGCGGGAUGACUCAGGCCUGGUAUAUGACUCCAAAGCUUGCUAAACUUCAUGUUAGGACAGGCCCAACUUCCGACCAGAACAUGGCAAAAAUUUUAAGGGGUCAAGCCCAACAAUUGGCCUCAAAGGAUUAAUUUUGACAGUACCUCUGUACCUUUCAGCUAAGUUUGUAUCUAUCAUUCUCUCUCUCUCUCUUCCUUUUCCAUUCUAAAUGAGCACCAGUUGCGUUCCUUGUCAAAUGCACAAAAAUGUUUCUCUCAGGAACUUUUCCUCAUUUUCCCUCACCAAUAACUUCAUCCAGGCAUCCUUUCUUUAAUUAAUUAUUUUUUUGUUUAAUUACAUUGACUGAAGAUCAAAAAGGCGAAGACUUUUUGAUGAUUUAUUUUUUUCUUUCUGACCAAUGGUUAUGAAUUUUUUUUCUAUAAUGUGUAUAAUUACCAUUUUAAGUUGUUGUUACUGACACAAUAAGAGUAGGUAUUGCAAGUAGGACCUCUGAAUUUUUUAAAUUAAUGUAUCUCUAAAAUUUAAAAUAGGCAUUGAAAGUAGUGCGAAGUCACAAAAGUUCAUGUAGUUACACUGGUUAACUCAAAGAACUAUUUAACUGCAACAUAUCCUAAGUAAAAGAAUCUUCAUUUGGCUGCUUGCUUCCAUGCUGUCAUUUAAUUGUAACAAUUUAUUCCACCUAUAAGGGAAACAAAAUUAUCUAAUAAUUGUGGUCUCAUCUUUCAGAUCUUUCUCACAUGUCAUCAAAUGAUUGUUCUCAUAUCUUUUUUCUUCAUUUUGUUUCAUCGAAAUCAUUGGUCUCUACUAAAAUCAGUCUCUUUAAAUCUAAGUGAAUUUUGUUUUGAUCAAUUGUGAAGAGUUUCAAUUACCAAUUAGUUCAUUGAUUCUAUGUUUUAGAAAAUACAUGGCAUCUCUUUAUUUCACAGUAAUCUGUGAUUCAUUGUAUAGGUAUUUUUAAUCAUUUAGUUACUAUUGUAAAAUUUAGUAAUUUUAGGAAACAAAUGAAAGAUUUUUUUAAAUUGGAUCGAAAGUGUAAAAUAAAAGUUUCACAAUAAAAGAGUCCAUUUGUGUAAAUAAUAA